AUGGGUGUCACAGACGCUAAUGUCACCUUCACCAAUGACUUACCCACCAGUCUCACCGUGAAGAAGACCUCUUCAACUGCCAUGGGCAAAGACCUACCCGAUGAUCAGACUAUCCCGGCAUUAUCGACGAGCUCGCCCCAGCAUAUCGAAACUUCAGACUGGUCUUUGGAUCAAUCUGCCUUUACUCUGAAUUUCAAUGGCGAAACCGCCGCAGUCAAUCUCGGUACUGGCUUGUACAAGACGGAUGCAUCAUGGUCUAGCAACGAUGGCAAGAUCGGCGGUGUACUAGCACCGGCCAAUUUCCUUACACCUGGCGUCGACUUCAACUUUAUGUUCUUCGCUGGUCCUGGUGGUUGGGCAUCGUACAUUGAUGCAUAUCUGCGGUCAAACGUGGAGAAGUUUUUGAAUUUGCUGGCUGCAAAGCCGAUCACCGUUCCUCUGCCCGGAGACAUCAAAGUAUCCUUGACAAAAAUGGAAAUUUCGAGUCUUGACUGCUCUUAUGCAUCAAUCAGCAACACGGGCGCUCAAGCGCCUGGUCACUCUGGAAUGUUUUCAGCAACCAUCAUCAUCAAUACCUCCCUUACAGCCUCUGGGUCUGUAUCACUUCUUGGUGGGACUCUCAAUUCUUCUGGAAGUCUCGCCGUCACGAAUGCAACGGCUCUGGCACGUGUGUCGGUCGAUCUGACCAAGCCCAAGAUUUCGGCAGUGUUGACGACUCUGGCAACUUCAGUCAAGGACUGGUCUCUUUCCAGUGAUAUCCUUGAUGACUUGGUUAAAGCAUUUCCACCGCUGGGCCUAAUCUUGCCAGAAAUCACAAACGGCUAUCAUCUUGCGGCAUGCUUGAACUCGGAGCCCGUCAAUGGGCAGAUUGUUGGAUUAAUUAAUAAAAUGUUGAAAGAUUUGGAGGGCCAGGGACAUGCGCUCUUGGCAAGUAUGAUGCCUCUCACGGAUCCCAAAGUUGUGGCCGAUCUAUUGCAGCCAAUGACAAUGGACGCAAUAAGUCCUAGCCAUGUAACCUUAGAGUAA